AUGGAGUUAGAGGCAAGUUAUGACAUCGAGACACCAAAUUCUACUCAAAAAAUACUGGAGCAUGAGUUGUGGCCGUUAGAUCCAAUUGAUCUGAAGAACGCAAAGUUUCCAUGCUGUUUGGUUUGGAAUCCACUUCCAGUUGUCUCAUGGUUGGCACCCUUCAUUGGUCAUGUUGGCAUUUGCAGGGAGGAUGGAGCUGUUUUAGAUUUUUCAGGAUCAUAUCAUGUGGGUGUGGAUGAUUUUGCAUUUGGUCAAGUAGCAAGAUACAUGAAACUCGAUCGUAGACAGUGUUGCUUCCCUCCUAACCUAUCAGCGCAUACAUGCAAACAUGGCUACCGGCAUGCUGAGUAUGGAACCGCAAUCACAUGGGACGAUGCCUUAUCGACAAGUUUGCGGCAUUUCGAGAGUAAAACUUACAACCUUUUCACAUGCAACUGUCACUCAUUUGUUGCUAAUUGUCUGAAUAGGCUGUGUUAUGGUGGAUCAAUGAGUUGGAACAUGGUAAAUAUAGGAAUCAUGAUACUAUUCAAGGGGCAUUGGGUUGAUUUCUGGUCUAUUGUAAGGUCUUUCUUGCCUUUUGUUGUGGUUGUUUGCAUAGGUAUUUUCAUGGUUGGUUGGCCCUUCUUACUUGGGUUACUAUCCUUCUCUUUACUCUUAAUUGGGUGGUUUCUAUUGGGUACUUACCUAGUCAAAAGCUUAUUAGAGUGCUAA